GGGUGCGGAUGCACAAUCAGAGGAUGCUUCAGCCCGUUAUUCCUCAGUAUCCAGUCUCUCUCGAGUUGGAUCUCCCAGUGUUUUCAUCGAGAAAGUGAAGGAAAACACCAAGUGAUAUGCUACAUACAUUUUAUUUUUUGUAGAAAACGAAAUUGUACUUAAUGAAGAAUGGAAUUUCGUGGGAUCAAGGCGAGCAGAGACUGUACAAUCUCUGUCGCUGAGUGAGUAUCUAUCUCACUGUUUCUGAUUGUGCUGCUACGGAAAUGCUUGAAACUGCUGCAUGAAUGGUCGUGGGUAACACCGGGGAUUGCGGUAGGCUACAUUGCGAAGCUAUCCCCUGACUAACAGACAAUGUGCCCACUCAAGCCUGGCUCAGAACGUAUCCGAUGAAUGAUUCCUUGUUUAAUUUGCCUUUUGGGUUGUAACGAAGAUCAAUGGAGAGACCUGCGCGUCCGUGCGCCCUGGUACCAUUUGUACACUAAUGUUGUGUUAAUUUGGGUUACAUGUCCCUACUGAAAUUCCCAGCUUCAAGGCUCAUACAACGUUGAUGCUGGAUAAUUCAGCAACAUUGUUGUAAAAAUGCUGAACAGCGUUUUGUUGCUCAGCGUUUUAACUGUGACCAGUUUCGCAUCAAAGACGGAGAGCCGCAAAACAUCGAAAGAAAUUUGUAAGAACCGCUGCUCCUGUGAGGAAAAGGAGAAUAUAUUGAGCAUUAACUGCGAAAACAAAGGAUUUACAACGGUGAGUCUAUUUCAGCCUCCACCGAACAAAAUCUGCCAACUCUUUCUCAAUGGAAACUUUCUUUCGAGACUGAAUCCGAACGAGUUUAUUAAUUAUGGUAAUGUCACAUCCCUUCAUCUGGGAAACAACGGGUUACAGGAGAUACAGACUGGAGCUUUUACUGGACUGAGGUUUUUAAAACGACUUCAUCUCAACAACAAUAACUUGGAGAUAAUCAAGGAAGACACCUUUGCUGGUUUAGAGUGUUUGGAGUAUUUACAGGCAGAUUAUAAUUACAUCAGUGCCAUUGAAGCAGGUGCAUUCGGCAAAUUAAAUAAACUCAAAGUCCUGAUUCUCAACGACAACCUCAUGCUGUCUCUUCCCAACAAUGUAUUUCGUUUCGUUAUGUUAACACAUUUGGAUCUAAGGGGGAACCGGCUUAAGAUGCUGCCUUUUGCUGGUGUGCUGGAGCACAUAGGCGGCAUUAUGGAGAUCCAACUGGAGGAGAACCCGUGGAAUUGCACCUGUGAUCUGAUACCCUUAAAAGCCUGGCUGGACACCAUCUCGGUCUUUGUAGGGGACAUCGUGUGCGAGACCCCAUUUAGACUGCAUGGAAAGGACAUUACGCAAUUGAUUAGGCAAGAUCUAUGCCCCCGACGUAAUGCUGGUGAUUCUAAUCACCGCGCAAUGCUGCCCCCCUCUGAUUCCCAAUACGACGGCCCCUCUCCCACCCUACACCCCGGGGUCACUCCAACAAAAGCCCCACGAGCCUCCCGUCCCCCUAAAAUGAGAAAUCGCCCUACACAACGGGUAACGUCUGGUAAGGACAAACAAGUGCUGGGGCCUAUAAUGGUUUAUCAGACUAGGUCCCCUGUUCCCAUGACCUGCCCUAGUAUAUGCGUCUGUACCUCCCAGAACGCAGACAGUGGAUUAAAUAUCAACUGCCAGGAGAGAAAAUUGCAUAAUAUAACAGAGCUUACCCCUAAACCCUCCUAUCCAAAGAAAUUGCAUUUAACAGGAAAUUACUUACAUACCAUCUAUAGAACAGACCUAACCGAAUACAGCACACUAGAGCUCCUCCAUUUAGGAAAUAAUAGGAUAGCUGUUAUUCAGGACGGGGCCUUUGACAACCUGGCUAAUCUACGGAGACUUUACCUCAAUGGCAAUUACAUUGAAAGUCUAUCCCAAUCAUUAUUCGUGGGGCUGCAGAGCCUUCAAUAUUUAUACCUGGAGUACAAUGUCAUCAAGGACAUUUUACCACAGACGUUUAACUCAUUACAGAAUCUGCAGCUGCUGUUCCUGAACAACAAUCUACUAAGAUCGCUUCCCGACAAUGUUUUUUGGGGGACUAUGCUAACAAGACUGAACCUGAGGAACAAUCACUUCUCCCACCUGCCGGUGCGCGGUGUGCUCGACCAGCUCUCCGCAUUCAUUCAGAUCGAUCUGCAGGAGAACCCAUGGGAUUGCACAUGCGACAUCGUUGCCCUUAAAAACUGGAUGGAGCUGUCCAGUACCAGCGUAGUGGUAAAUGAAAUCACUUGUGAUUCGCCCUCCAAACACGCAGGGCGGCUGCUCAGAUCUCUGCGCAAUGAUGCAAUUUGUCCCGAGCCGAACGAGGUCACAGUAGGCCUAAACAAGGCCCCCACCGUUAGUCCCAGCACCGACUCCACUCCCCCGUUUACCAUCACGUCAACAGAAGAGCAGAUACCCGAGAUGCACGCGGAGGUGCCCCUGUCUGUUCUCAUACUGGGACUGCUCGUGGUGUUCAUUCUGUCGGUCUGCUUCGGGGCUGGUCUUUUUGUAUUCGUCCUCAAACGACGCAAAGGAAUUGAUAGCGUCCCCACCAGUGCCAAUAAUUUAGAUAUAAACUCUUUCCAGGUACAGUAUGGUUCAUAUAGCUCAGAGCCCACUGCAGGUAAAACAGAGACACAUGUGUAUAACUACAUCCCUCCCCCCGCUAGCCAGAUGUGUCAGAACCCCAUCUACAUGCAGAAAGAUAGCGAGCAGGUGGCGUACUAUAGGAAUCUAAAAGAGCUAACUUUCAGCACCAUGGACCCGAAAAAGUUGGAUUUGCCCCCAAGCCAAUAUACCAUAAGCACAGUGGAACUCACUGAGAAACAAUCUUGUGGCAAUCGACAGCCGGAGCUGCUUUAUCAAAACAUUGCAGAGAGAGUUAAGGAGCUUCCGACUGCUGGCGAUCAGAAUUACAGUUUCUGCACUUUACCGAAAAGACAAUUCAUUCCUCCAUUUGAAACUACUAGACGACACAAACAGGACAGGUUGAAUAAAACUGUUCUCUAUGGGACUCCACGAAAUUAUUAUGCUGAACAAUCAAAAAAUGAACACCCUUUGCUGCCUGGGAAGCUAAAAACAGAACCAGACUACCUCGAAGUUCUGGAAAAACAAACUGCAAUGAGUCAGUUGUAAGAUAUGGCCCUACUUACUAUCAUCACACGUAUUACAUCGGUAUGUAUCUAUGUAUUCCACAAAUUGACGAGUCCAACUCAAACAAAGCAAUCUAAGCCUUUUUAUCUUUUUUAUUUUCCAGCUGUAUUGAGUCAACGUAGCCCUUUAUGCAGACAGUUCUAUUAUAUUAUUGGAGGUUUAAAAUAUUUAUUAUACUUUAAAUAUAAAGACUUUAGCAGGUACCGCAAGAACUAUGUAUAAUACUGCUGUGUGCAUUUUAUAUAAUAUAUUUUAUUUUCUCUGUGGAAACAAAUAUCCGUUUUAGAUGAAUAAUUGAGAAAUUACAUUCCUGUAUAUAAUAAUGAGUGUGAAACACAUGUAAAGGUUCCAUCCACAUGACGAUCCAUUUAUUCCAGAAGUGCCUUUGCACUCCGAGUAUUUUAUUUUUGCUUUCUGCAAAUGGAAAUUUGCUGUAUUUUAAGAAUCUUUAUGUACGAUUUAAUGAUUUGUCCAUUACAUUAAACAUAAUUGAAGAGGGUAUGAUAUGUAUGGUAAAUAAUGUUUUGAAUAUCUAAGUGUCUUUCAGGAUGUACAAUUUAGCGAAUUUCAUAACAUUGUAUGCUAUAGAUGAGCAAUAUAAGUGCCAUAAGAGCAAUUACAUUUUCACCGAAUCACUUUGUCAAGUCUGAACUUGAGGUGAGCAUUAUUAAGAUUAUAACUGUCCGUCUUUGUGUUUGUGUGUGUUAGUUUGUGUGUGUGCGCUCCCAUGUGAUGAGGGGUUGGGUGCUUUGGGGGCGGUAACAUCUCUCUAUUUGAUGGAAUCCAUAGACCACGGUGUAUUGAUGAGGAAUUUGCUGAGUACUUUUGGCACGAAUGACGAAUUUAUCACCAAGGGCCCUGACAGGAAUACCAUUAAUUUCACACGUAUUAUUUUUCAUCCAAAAGUUAGAGAGAAGCAGUGUCCACUAAAAGUGUAGAUUAUUUAUCUCUAUAUUCUGAAUUAAGCGUGAUAAAAACUGUCUCGAACAGGAACAACUACAGCUCUCCAGGAGCCUACUUGAAAGGCCCAAAUUAUGAUUAGUUCUCAAUGCUCCUCAUACACAAAAUUACUUGUUUUUAGUGGUUUUAAUGAGACAAGUUUAUAUUCUGCCCUUCAGGUGACAUUUGCUUUGAGGUCUGCUGUAGACCCAUACCUUCUUCAAGCCCAGAUUGUUCUGCUGUUUUUUCUCUCACUUUGUUUCCCGGCUGCUUCAAGUAGCUACUAUUGUGUCACUGUCCAUGUUGCAGUUUUUUUUUUCAGCUUGUGCAUUUUCUAUGGAUUCUACAGUGUGGGGACUUUUCACUUGAUUUGUUGGAUUUCACAUUGACUUUGUAAAGAGUGCACAAUGUUGUUUUUUUAAUCACAGGUUGUUAAUCACAUUGGUCAACUUAAUUAAUGAAAUAAGUGUCUACUGAGAACCAACUCAAAUUGGGAAUUUACGUUAGCAAUAACUGGCCUUCUGAUUUGAUUGAAUCAUGGAUUUUAUGCUUAAACAUUUUCAAUACACAACACCGACGAUGAAAAAGUUCAUUAUGUGAGUCUUAUCUUAUAAUACUGAUAUUCUGCUUGUGGGUAAGUGAGCUUGUGCUUGUGGAUAACUAGCAGAGGCCAUUGAGUUGGUGUGAGUGAGACUGAGUGAGAGUUCUGUUCAUUCCUUCUGAAACAGAGUGAUUUUUUUUGCCUGGGCACAAUGGGCCUCUGUGUUGCUGUUUACUUGCGCUGUGGAGAAUGAGGGGUUGGACAUGUCUUGCACACCAAUGAGGCAUCUAGCUCCCACAGUCCCCACCACACUCCUCCUCUCCUCAUAUCACACAUGGGACUGGGAGGAGGAGAGUUGGUGAUGGCAUGCAAUAGCUUUACAACAGACGCUAUCAAUCACUCCGGUCAGUUCACACCAGAAAAUAGGAUAAAAUAUUAUAAAUUGCUUCACAGUUUGAGGUUGAGUGACUAUUAUGUUGUUUGGGACAUUUGAGUAGUUUUGUCACAAAGGAUUUCCUUCAAUCCAUGGAUCCUAUAAAGGAAGCAGUUGUUAUGUAUCUUUAUUGAUCAACAGAUUGUAAUUGAUUCACUCUCCCUUUUUCAUUUAAUUCCAACAAUAUGGUUCCUGUUGUAGACAGGAAGGGGAUGUAAACCUUGACCUUGCUAUGCUAAGGCACUAGCGGUGAACUAGAGUGAAUCAAUGGAGACUGCUUUCAGAUGCUUGCUGCUAGGGGCCUCAAUCCCAGACCUCUUCAGAAAUACUCUCGGCGAAGUUCAUGUUCAUUCAAAGGUCGGACUGUCUUUUUUUCCUCUUUGAUUUGUGAUGAGGCCCAACGAGAGUUGCCUAUGCUUGUUGUGUAUGAUACUGAAUCUCUUUGACAUGGUGGAGACCACGAGACCUGUGGGAAGCAUGGAAGGUCUAUGUUCCUCCUUCCCAGUGUCCCCGGGAUUGGCCGGAGUCACAACCAAUUCACUCUCAAAGUAAUGAAGUGAUAUUUUGAAACAAAUAGCAAGGUCAGGGUCUGUGACAUAUUUAAUGAACCUUUAUUUUAUAACCUUUACAUAUUACUAUUUCAUAUUUUGGAUCAAUAUAGAUGCAUUGUUCCACAUUAACUAUCAGAUUGUAUAGUUUAUCUAAGAAAUGUUCAGAUAAAUGCAAGGCUCCUAUAUGGUAAACAGUGCUACAGGAAUAUUUGAUAUUGAUUAAAUCAAAGUAAUCAA